GGGAAAUUCUGUAAAGGUGUGAGUACACUAUUUCAUAAUCAUAAGCCAAAAAAAUUCUCUGUUUUUUUCUUGGCUAUUUGAAAUUUCUCUCUGGUUCGAAAAUUCUCAGCCAAAGAAACUUCUUCUCUCUACCAUAAAGAUUGUGGAGUCAAAAUUGUGCUGAAGAUCCAUAACAGAUAUCAAUCUAUAAGUAUUCUUUCAUAAUUGCCCGGAACGUGAAAAAUCGAGGGAAUGCUGAAGGAUGUGCCUCUGUGCCCAAAGCUUUGUCGUUAAAAGCCUUGAGGAUUAGAAUUUAUUAGAGCUGAGCUCGUUUAGUCUCGGCUCUGAAAAGCUCCAUGGACCACCAAGUAGGUAUAAAUUUUUUGUUGUGUUGAUAAAUUAUCUGAAUGGAGACGAUGGACCUUGAACAGCUUAUGCUAAAAUCAACCCCAGUUCCUGUAAGGUAUACAUAGUAUAUAUUUGUGGGGACUCUGUAGUUUGUUGUUAUAUAGAUUUUGAAGCUUUGGGAUGGAAAAUACGUCGAAUGUGUUGAUGCGAAGAUAUGAGUUGGGGCGAAUACUUGGCCAAGGUACCUUUGCGAAGGUUUACUUUGCUAGGAGCUUGGUAACAAAUCAGAGUGUGGCCAUCAAAGUCAUAGAUAAAGAAAAGAUUUUGAAGGUUGGACUCAUUGAUCAGAUCAAGCGAGAAAUAUCGAUUAUGAGACUGGUGAAACACCCAAAUAUCAUUGAGCUUUAUGAGGUCAUGGCUACAAAAACUAAGAUAUACUUUGUUGUGGAAUAUGCUAAAGGAGGUGAGCUUUUUAACAAGGUUGCCAAAGGAAGGCUGAAAGAGGAUGUUGCACGGAAAUACUUUCACCAGCUAAUCAAUGCAGUUGAAUUUUGUCACAACAAAGGUGUUUAUCACCGUGAUAUAAAACCAGAAAACUUAUUACUGGAUGAAAAUGAUAAUCUGAAGGUUUCAGAUUUUGGAUUGAGUGCUCUUGCUAAUUGCAAGCGCCAAGAUGGCCUGCUCCACACCACUUGUGGAACUCCUGCCUAUGUUGCUCCUGAAGUCAUAAACAGGAAAGGCUAUGACGGUGCAAAAGCUGAUAUUUGGUCUUGUGGAGUGGUUUUGUAUGUAUUAUUGGCUGGUUAUCUUCCAUUUCAUGAUUCAAAUUUGAUGGAGCUUUACAGGAAAAUUGGUAAAGCAGAGUUCAAAUUCCCCAGUUGGUUCACUCCUGAAGUGCGGAGAUUGUUGUCCAAAAUCUUUGAUCCAAACCCCAGUACUAGGAUUACGAUAGAAAAAAUCAGGGAAAGUUCUUGGUUCAGAAAAGGAAUGAAAUUCAAAAAUACUAAACCCGAACCAGAAAACAAGGAUCCAUCAUCUACAGAUACCUCUGGUGCAUGUGGUAGUGGCAAUAAACAAGAGCCAAUCAGACCUUCAAACUUAAAUGCUUUUGAUAUUAUCUCCCUUUCAGCUGGUUUUGAUCUCACUGGCUUGUUUGAAGAAAAUCCUCACAGGAGAGAAGCAAGAUUCAUUUUCAGAAAACCAGCUGCAGUCGUCAUCUCCAAACUAGAAGAAAUUGCUAAGCAACUAAGGAUGAAAGUGAAGAAGAGGGAUGCAGGAUUGUUGAGAUUGGAGGGUCUUAACGAAGAUAAAAAGGGAUUCUUGUCCAUUGAUGCAGAGAUCUUUGAGGUCACUCCAUCUUUUUAUUUGGUUGAGGUUAAGAAAUCAAAUGGAGAUACAAUGUUGUAUGAGAAGAUACUGAACGAUGACAUUAGACCUGCUUUCCAAGAUAUAGUUUGGGUUUGUCAAGGUAACCAACAACAGCAGGUAGACCAACAGCUUCAACAUCUACAGCCACACGAGGAGCAGCAAGAACUACAACUGGAAGAACGUCGAGAACAACAGCACCAGGACCAGCAGUAACAACUACACUAACCCUUUGCUAGCUUUUUCCAUUGUUUCUCAAAUUUAUUGUACAGCUGUCAACUUACUUGGUGUUCCAAUUUUCCUGUAAGUUUUUUUGAGGUUUCUUUCUUGUAAAAAGAGAGAAAAUACAGUAAAAGAAACAAUGAUAGCAUAGUCACUUACAGUUUACAAAUAGUAAUUUCUAGAAAUGUUCUGCAUAUCCUUCUUAGCAAGUAUCUUUUGUGUGUUAUUGGGGAAGAUGACCCAUUGCAAUAUUCGUUUUAAGAAUCUAUUCAACUUCUUAUGGUUUUACAUCAAACUUUAAACUUUUGUUACAAACUACUCAUGUUGUACAAAAGGUUCAAUUGACCUUUACUCUCUUAUCUUUUGAAAUGUCUUGGUGAUUUUGGUAGCUUUUCUACAUGAACUGAAGCUUUGUAUAACUUGACCAAUGGCCACCUAGCCGCAUAAACAUAUGGGAAGAUGGACACACCUUGGGCUG